AUGAAGCAGGAAAAUGAGCGUCGUACCUUAAUGAUGUGCGCCGAUCCAUCUACUGUAGCUAGUCUGACAAAGCAGAUUGCGACCCAGCCAGUCCGCUCUCGCGAAUCAGCCAGCUACGAACGCUGCUUUCCAGGGCCGGUGAUCGGCGUCGGCGCUCCAAUUUUGCCACUAUCUUCUUCCUCCCACCCGAUCCACGUCCAACAGCAUAAUGCCCCGAUCGGAAUGCUAGGCCCACCGAGCAAGCCGCCGAGUCGGGCUGGUGACGCCAUGGUCAACUCUGCCGAGCUCGAUGAGUCUGAAGGAAUUUGGGCU